CAGUUAGUAGUAAGUAAAAGUACUAGUACUAGACCAUAGACAAGUACUCGUACAAAUGUUACAAUGGACUAUGGACUAUGGACUGUAAUAAAACGUGUAUAUAAAUGUAACUUUAUAAAUUUUUUAACUCGUCGCUAAUGCGACUUUUUUAAUUAAUUAUUUACAUUAAUUAAAUUACCAGUGAUAUUUUUACUAUUUUUAUUAUAAUUAUUUAAUUAAUGGAGUCGUACUGAGAGUAAACGAAAAAAAUAUAAAAAAUUAUGAAGAAAUUCGUAAAAUCUAUAGGAAUUUUUUUAGUGUUAUUUUAUUCUUGCGGUAUUUCUACGACUUUACUGUCAAUAAACGUCAAAAAUCAAGGAGGAGAUGUAUUUCCGGAAACGAUUAUUUCAAAUGUUACUGAAGAUAUUAUUACUCUAGAAUUUCAAAGAUCUGAUGGAACUUUGGUGACACAAUUGAUUGACUUCAGAAAUGAGGUACAAAUAAUAAGAGCAGUAAUACUAGGGGAAGUAGAACGCGGACAAACUCAACUCCAAGUAAUGUGUUUCGUAAACCAUUUUUCAAAACUGGACUUUAUAUCAUCGGACGCGAUGUCGAAACUCCGACAGAAAAAUCCCGGGACUGUGCGAGUCGCCGAGGAGGAUCGCGGUUACACCAACUAUACAAUGGAUCUGUUCAUAGAUAUUAAUAAGUCACUAGUGAUAUCUAAACAUAUUUCAACAUUUUGCUCAGAAGCCGCCGAGUCAACUUUUACUCGCAACAAAGAUUUGAAACUCUGGAUCCAGAGACCCGGUACCUCUGAGUCACUGAUCACGACUGCGGUACGUAAUUUUACUUUACCAGUGAUACAAAAUUUUAAUUUUAAUACUACCAAUAAUAAUAUAAAUAAUAAUUCAACUUCUACAUCGACACCAAAAAUAAAUUUAAUAAAUAAGUGCGCAGAUACAUCAAAUUUAUCUGUCGCAUGUUCAUGUUCACUUGAAUUGUGCAUCGGUUGGUAUCCAUGUGGUUUGAAAUUUUGUAAGAGUAAAAAUGAUGGUAAAAAAGUUUUGUCUCCUUAUAGAUGCGGGAUUAAAACUUGUAAAAAAUAUUAUAUAUUUAGUUAUCAGGCUAAAAUGAAACAAAAUUGUCUGUGGGAUGAAUGACAUUUACAAUUACAUUAAUUGAUUAAUUAAUUGAUUGAUUGAUUGAUUAAUUAAAUGAGGAACAAAAAAAAUUUUUUAGCAUUUGAUGUGCAAUCUGAGCAUUAAAUGUUCACGUAACCAUGACAAAGAACAAAUGGAAUUGACAAUGACCGUAAUGCAUUUAAUUUAGUACACAAAAAAAAAAUAAUUUUUUUACGCAAGAAUUUUUAAUCCCCAAAAAAAAUCUCACGCGCCCGAAAAAAUUUUUUGACAUGAGAAAAAAAAUUUUGCGUUAGGAAAAAAUUUUUUUGAGGUGAAAAGAAAAAUUUUGGGUUAAGAGAAAAUUUUUGAGGUGAGAAAAAAAUUCUUGCGGUAAAAAAAAUUAUUUUUUUACGCAAGAAUUUUUAAUUCCCAAAAAAAAUCUCACGCACCCAAAAAAAUUUUUUGACAUGAGAAAAAAAAUUUUGCGUUAGGAAAAAAUUUUUUUGAGGUGAGAAAAAAAAUUUUGGGUUAAGAGAAAAUUUUUUGAGGUGAGAAAAAAAUUCUUGCGCUGAAAAAAUUAAUUUCUGUGUAAUUGUAAUUUCUCUCUUUUUUUUUUACAAAUAUUUUUUAAACAAAUUUUUUAUUGGUCUUUUGUAUGUAUACUGCUGUGAGAUUUAUUACUAUUAAUCAUAUCACUAUUAUUAUCAGUAUCAGUAUCAGUACUAGUACCACUAGCGUAAUUACUAAUAAUUGAUUAUUAUGAUGGGCAUAUUAGUUUGUAAUUGGCGAGUAAUUAGUCUGGUUUAUUUAUAAACGGUUGUUAAUACCGUUGAGCUAUUAGUUGGUGAGUAAGCCACGCAAUCGAUCACUUAAAAUUAAUGCUGAUUUAAUUGUGUAAUUUAAUUCAUUCCAUUAAAUUGUUUGUGAAAUUCAAUUUUUUUUUAUUGGAGACAAAUAAUGGGGAACAUUUUAGCCAAGUGAUCGACGCAGUAAUUUUGGCCCUGAGACAUUUUGAGUUUUCAAAAAUUAUUUAUUUUUACAAGUAAAUUAAUUGCAAUUUCAUUGAUUUUUUAAAAUUUUUCAUUAAUUUUUUUUUUUAAUUAAUUUGUAAAUAUACACAGGGCCAAAAAAUAUUUGAAUGAAAUUCAAGUCUUACUCAUCAAAUUCAAAAAAUUUUCUUAAAAAUUAAUCAGAAAAAAUUGCCAUACAUUCCAUAAAUUUUUUUUCAAAAAACAAAAAAAGCGCGGGAAAAUAAUCGGCUAAUAAAUGGUUUGAAUUUCAAAUUUCCUGAACAUGCACCGAAAAAAAAUUUAUCGAGUAAAGAAAAUAUUUUUCGGAACUCAGUAAAAAUUUCCUUGAAUCAAAAAUUUUUGCCAUGACAACUUUUUUUUUUUUUUUUACAUUUUUCCCGCGCAUCUGAAUAUUGUUUUGAAUUGAAACAAUACUUAGCCAUUGUUAGCGAGCCAUUUAAAAAAAGACUGGGAAAUCUGUCCAUUUAACAUAUACCUAUAAUUUCCAGUUGAAUAUAUAUAUAUAUAUAAAAUAUAUAUCAC